GAACUUCACAGUAGACCAGAUACGGGCCAUCAUGGACAAAAAGGCCAACAUCAGGAACAUGUCCGUGAUCGCCCACGUGGACCACGGCAAGUCCACGCUGACGGACUCCCUGGUGUGCAAGGCCGGGAUCAUCGCGUCGGCCCGCGCCGGGGAGACCCGCUUCACCGACACCCGCAAGGACGAGCAGGAGCGCUGCAUCACCAUCAAAUCCACCUCUCCUGUUCCCUCUCAGAUUGAUCCCGUGCUGGGGACCGUGGGCUUCGGCUCCGGCCUGCACGGCUGGGCCUUCACCCUCAAGCAGUUUGCUGAGAUGUACGUGGCAAAGUUUGCUGCCAAGGGAGAUGCCCAGCUGAGCCCCUCCGAGCGUGCCAAGAAAGUAGAAGACAUGAUGAAGAAGCUGUGGGGAGACAGGUACUUUGAUCCUGCUACUGGCAAAUUCAGCAAAUCUGCCACCAGCCCUGAUGGAAAGAAACUGCCCAGGACCUUCUGCCAGCUCAUCCUUGACCCCAUCUUCAAGGUUUUCGAUGCCAUCAUGAAUUUUAAGAAAGAAGAAGCUGCAAAACUGAUUGAGAAACUGGACAUCAAGCUGGACAGCGAAGACAAGGACAAGGAGGGCAAACCCCUGCUGAAGGCCGUGAUGAGGCGGUGGCUGCCCGCUGGAGAUGCCCUGCUGCAGAUGAUCACCAUCCACCUGCCUUCCCCCGUGACAGCCCAGAAGUACCGCUGUGAGCUGCUCUACGAGGGCCCCCCCGACGAUGAGGCUGCCAUAGGCAUUAAGAACUGUGACCCCAAAGGCCCCCUGAUGAUGUACAUCUCUAAAAUGGUGCCAACCUCUGACAAAGGACGUUUCUACGCUUUUGGCCGUGUCUUCUCUGGUCUCGUCUCAACUGGCUUGAAAGUCAGAAUCAUGGGACCAAACUACACGCCUGGCAAGAAGGAGGAUCUGUACCUGAAGCCAAUUCAAAGGACCAUUCUGAUGAUGGGCCGCUACGUGGAGCCCAUCGAGGACGUGCCUUGCGGCAACAUCGUGGGGCUGGUCGGUGUGGACCAGUUCCUGGUGAAGACUGGAACCAUCACCACCUUCGAGCACGCCCACAACAUGAGGGUCAUGAAGUUCAGCGUCAGCCCCGUCGUGCGCGUGGCCGUGGAGGCCAAGAACCCGGCCGACCUGCCCAAGCUGGUGGAGGGCCUCACCUGCUGUUCGUGGUCUCUCCAGUGCAUCAUUGAGGAGUCUGGGGAGCACAUCAUCGCUGGCGCCGGCGAGCUGCACCUGGAGAUCUGCCUGAAGGACCUGGAGGAGGACCACGCCUGCAUCCCCAUUAAGAAAUCGGAUCCUGUCGUGUCCUACCGCGAGACGGUGAGCGAGGAGUCCAACGUGAUGUGCCUUUCCAAGUCCCCCAACAAACACAACAGGCUGUACAUGAAGGCCCGGCCCUUCCCCGACGGGCUGGCCGAGGACAUCGACAAGGGCGAGGUCUCGGCCCGGCAGGAGCUGAAGCAGCGGGCGCGGUACCUGGCCGAGAAGUACGAGUGGGACGUCACCGAGGCCAGGAAAAUCUGGUGCUUUGGGCCCGAUGGCACCGGCCCCAACAUCCUCACCGACAUCACCAAGGGGGUGCAGUACCUCAACGAGAUCAAGGACAGCGUGGUGGCCGGCUUCCAGUGGGCCACCAAGGAGGGGGUGCUGUGCGAGGAGAACAUGCGGGCGGUGCGUUUCGACGUGCACGACGUGACCCUGCACGCCGACGCCAUCCACCGCGGCGGCGGCCAGAUCAUCCCCACGGCCCGGCGCUGCCUCUACGCCUGCGUGCUCACCGCCCAGCCCCGCCUCAUGGAGCCCAUCUACCUGGUGGAGAUCCAGUGCCCGGAGCAGGUGGUUGGUGGCAUCUACGGAGUGUUGAACAGGAAGCGUGGCCACGUGUUUGAGGAGACCCAGGUGGCUGGGACCCCCAUGUUUGUGGUCAAGGCCUACCUGCCUGUCAACGAGUCCUUCGGUUUCACAGCAGAUCUGAGGUCCAACACAGGGGGCCAGGCCUUCCCCCAGUGUGUGUUUGACCACUGGCAGAUCCUGCCCGGGGACCCCUUCGAAAGCACCAGCCGACCCUGCCAGGUGGUCGCCGAGACCCGCAAGCGCAAAGGGCUGAAGGAAGGCAUCCCUGCCCUCGACAACUUCCUGGACAAACUCUAAUUACACUCAUGGAACUCUUGGAGAACGGGGGGGGCAGAAAAAAUUAAUUAAUUAAUUAGCGUUACCACCCAUUGCCGAGGGGGGUAGAGACGCCCGUGAGCACCAUCUUGUUAAUUAAUAGCGAUUCGAGACUUCAAAUGAGGAUAAAAAACAAACGAGAGAGAGAGAGAGAGAAAAAAAAAAAAGCCUUAUAGGUUUCUGUGUUGCACAUGACUCAUCUUUGCCAUUGUAACUAAAACAUCUCCACUAGAUUUGCCCAAUUCUGUAUUUAUUUGACUCGAAAAAAGAAACAAAAAAAACCUGAACCGCUGCAGAACGGCCGCUUGAAAACGAGGAGAAAACAGAGGGGGGGAAGAAGGAGGGGGGGGUGAGGAUGCCUUACCUGCAGCGUUGACUGUCCGUCGUGCCCAUCGCCGCCUGUAUUAGUGCCACUGGAAUUAAUAAAAUUGGAUAAUGGUGAUGAAAA